UGCAUGUGUGUGUGUGUGUGUCUCCCUAAACUAAAAUUGAAAACCUGUCCCGCCAGCCACUCAACCAGUUGCGCAUGCGUGCGCUUUGCUUAGCGCGGCUUUGCAGUCUGCCCAACCAGUCGGUUGGGUUUGGAUGUGUUGCCCGCUCUUCCAGCUGCAUUGCAUAGCUGCAAAAUAAAAGAAAAACUCAUUUCAAGUAACGUCAAAUUGAGCAAGCCAAACAAAGCCUUGACGAACGGCCUCAAGAGGCUGCCAUAGAACCGCAUAUCCAGUUUCCGCAACCAGCAGCAGAGCAAUCUGUUACUAAUUUCUAAUUUAGAAGAUGUUGUCCAGCAAGAGCGGCAGCCUAAGUUCGCUGGAUGCGCUGCCCAAACAAUUCGUGUUGUCCAUGAAGAAGCUCUUCGACAUUCUGGAUGAUAAGCAGAGCGGCUAUGUGCGCUUUGCGGACAUUGAGAAGGGCUGGCAGGACGAUGGGUCCAAGGGUCUGCCUCAAGGUGUGCUGGAUUCGCUGCGUCGCGUGACGCCGCCUAGCGGUCUGUUAUCCUUCGAACGUUUCUGUGCGGGACUGAAGCUGUGCCUGUUGCGCAAUCAGCAGCAUGCGCCCACAGCAAAGGUGCGUCCACGAUCGCAGAUCAGUCCAGAGCUGGAGCACGAAAUGGAUUAUGGUACGCCAGCGCCGCCGCCAAAGCCACCGCGUCAAUCCGCAGGAGCUACUCCGUUAGCCAAGGCAGACAUACGCAAUGCGCUGCAGAACUGGCAGCUCAGCCUCAUGCACAGCGAGCAGAAGAGCUUGAAGACUGCACGCGAGCAAUUCGAGCAUCGCGGCUCAGCCGAUGGCGGCUCGUCCUCCACCUCGGCAACGGACUAUACGAUGGGAGCAAUGACGCUGGCGCAGCCACCCAAAAAAUCGAAUAAUAAGCGACGAGACUCACGGAGGCACACCUUGCAGCAUGGCAUUGACUACAAUAUGCUGAAGCGACUGAAGCAUUUGGAGGAGCAGCGAGAGUUGCUGCUCUUCGGCCUGGAUGGCGUGGAGAAGGCACGUGAUUUCUAUAUGCAGCAGGUGCUCAAUGUCCAGGAGCAGAUUAAAUACUUUGGGCGUUUAGGCACACGAUUUGAGCAAUGGUCAGAGCUGCAGCAGGAGAGACUUAACUAUCAGCGCGCUCGCGUACUGGAAGCCAAUCGCAGCUUGGCCCUGUUGACAGAGACCUGGGAGCAUGGUGGCUAUCCGCUGCACAUCAAUCUCGCCUUGCCGCGCAACUCCCUGCAGCACUUCAACUGCAAGUCAUACGCCUCCAACGAUGCGGAGAUCUACGAACAGCACCAGCAGCAACAACAGCACACGCCAUUUCACAGCUUGCGAAAUAUGUCGAACUUUGUGCUGAGCCAGCCUUCACCUGUGAGUCAAUCCUCUGCGGGCCUGGGCGAUGCGGAUGUUGUCUACUAAAAUUAAUUAUGAAUAGCAAAAACACUGAAAAGACUUUGUAAAUAAUUUGCAUAUGUAUUAAAAUGCUUAACAAAUCA